AUGAGCGAUGCGUCCUCUUCUGAAUCUGAAGAUGAUGUGGUGGAUAUUGUUUCAUUGAUCACGGGGCAAGCCAAGCCAUCUAAAAGCAACUUGGUAGCCGAAUCAAAGGUUCAUAUGGACGAGUUGUCUCCUACAACCAAUCCUAAUGAUGAUGAUGAUGAUUUCAAUGUUUCAUUGCCAACAGUAUUCCAAAUUGAUGCUAGGAAGAACCAAACGUUGGCCGAGAGAAAUAAGAAAAUUCAAAAGGAAAUAAUCCAAGAACAAUUGAAAGUGGAACAAGAAUACCAUGAGCUUGUACUGGUGCAAGCCAAGGUGUUGCAGGAAUUAAAUGAUAAUGGUACUAGAGGAGUUAACCGAGUCAAAUAUCUGGCUGAAGACAAUAAAGAAUUGGUUGAUCAUUUGGUUAGAGAGCGACUAAGAGGGGUUGAUGGCAAGAAACAUUUCUAUUUCUAUUCAUCGAAUAACCUUCAAUCAGUGGAAGAGUCAACCAUUCCUAAUCCAAUUCAUGGAAACUUUACCAAUUAUAAAUUCUAUUUCCAUUCAAUCUCUAAAGAUAUCAAAAAGUACUUUUUACAACUAAUGAAAAUUGAUAAUUAUGAUCAAUUGUUAAAAAUUCAUCGAUUAUUUAAGCAUGCCAUCAAUGAUGAUUAUUACUUCAAUUGGGAUUUUGAUCAAGAAACUUUUAAACAAUGUUGUUGGUUGGUUGGGUGUAGAGACGAUCUAUUAUCUACAUCAACAGCCACCAUGGUUGACAAUUGCAAGAAAUUACUUCAUUUCACUCCAAAUGCGGAAUUAAUCAUCUACAAAAUGUCGAUAUUAUUCAAUUGUUUAUGUAUGACUACCCCCAAUGAAACUUUCUCUAUGGCAAUAAGAGUCUAUAUAUUCACCAUAUCAGAUUAUAAUUUACUGAAAUUAAAUUCAGAUUUAUUAUUACUGAUAUUUGUACCAAUGAUAAAGAAUUUACUCUUAUGGGGCAUUCAGUAUCUUUCAAAGGAUAUAAUUCAACCUAACGAACCAAUAAAUCAUGAAACAUUGUGUCGUAUCCAUGAUAUCAUGGUGGUUUCCCUAAAUAAGGAAAUUCGUGGUUGUAAUCUUUCCAACGAAAUGCAAUGUAAUUUCCUUAAAACGCUUGAUUUUGCUUCUUCAGAAUUAAUGGUAUCAUUUGAAAAUCAUGGAGAUUUAAUUGAUAAUACAUUUGUUAAGAGAAUAACUACCAGUUUAUUAUUAAGUUUUAUCUAUGAAUUUGAUUAUAAAAUGUUGGAUAUAUACAUCAAGGAUGAAAUAUCUUUGGAAGUAUUAUUUUCUCCAGAAAUGACAAAUAAAUUUAAUUUCCUGCCAUCUUUAAUAUUAAUUCAAAAGUUUUUAACAAGUUUAAGAUUCAAUGAUGUGUCUAAAUAUGAAAUUUUAAGAUAUAAAUUGGAUAUAUUCCCGCUUGUACUUCCAUUAAAUUUAACUGAAUACAAUAAGAACUCCAUGGAAUCAUUGUUGAGAAGUUUACAAAAAUUGAAGGAUGAUUCCCAUAAACAAUUGGGUGUUGUUUCCACUAGUGAAGAUAAAUAUAAUGAGGUUAUAAUUGAGUCAAUGUUUCAUAUUUAUGAAAGUAUUGAUUUACUUUUGAAUAGAGUUGAACAUGACUAUCAAUUAGUUAGGGAUGAUCCUUUUUAUUAG